AUCGAUAGAAAUCUAUUGAGCAUGAAGCGCAAGUUAAAUAGAGUGCUACUUGGUUCUUACUGGUUAUUUUCUUCAGCAACCUCAAACGACGAUACAACGAAUUAGUCGAAAGGAUCAAACAAUUGCAGCACGUUCUUUACCUUACAUGUGAUGAUUCGACCUUUGGCCUACUUAUGGAUAAAUUUGAAGAGCAAUUCCAGAUUUCUCCAUGUUUCCACACAGCACUGUAAUAAAUCAUAUACAAAAGAAGCAAAACCGAUUCCUGGAACUGACGAUUACAAGAAUCCAUUGGGUUGGGCUAAACGUUUAUUUCAGAUGCAGGAAGCCAAACCACAAAACUCAGCAAAUGAACCUCCUUUACUAUAUAUGGUGUGUCGGUUAAAACCUCUCAAGGGAAUUAUUCACUACCAAAGGGCAAUCCUUGAGAAGUAUGGUCUUGGGAUAGACACCAAAAAUCAUACCUGGGUCAUCGUCAAGAACACCCCAUCAGUCAAUCGAGAAUUGUACGAAGUGAAACACCUCGUCAGGAUACAACCUGUUGUUUUCGUGAAUGGCCUACCUACUGAAGCCGAUCUCCUUACAUGUAGGCUACUUCCAGAUGGCAGGUUUUUCAGGCAUCGUGGACUUGCUGUCGACUCGAAGUUAUCUGGUUCUUCAGAAUCCAGUCAGACAAGUGUAUCGAUAUGCGAUGCAAAUAAAUCUGACGUUCCUAAGCUUUUGUCAAUUUCUGGAAGUGGAAAAAAUAAUUACCUAAGUCGCAAAUACUUAAAGCAGUGGCACAAUAACAAGUGGAGCAACUUCACGUUUUUCAAGGAGUUCUUCACUUCACACUACAGAUAUAAACUGAAUCAGGAUGGCAACGAAUAUCGGUACAGUGGUCUUUGGCGUUUGGACAAAUCAAUGCUCCAAUCAGUUCAAUCUAGGAGAAACCCCGAUGGGACUUUUAAGCAACCGAAUAGCAAUCGCUUUGAUGCAGAUUGGAACACCUACCCUUGGUCGAAAUAAUGAAUUCAUAACUGCCGAUUAGUUAAAAAAGCUCGUAUGGCACUUGCUCGGAGUUGUGUACACAUACUUUGUAUUUCUGUAAAUAUGAUCUAGCCGAACGCCGUUCUCUAAUGGCUCUGACUUAAAAUUUAGGUGGUGUUCAUCAUUUUUGACCCAGUGAAGAUUCGUAUGCAUAUAUAUCGCAAAAUAAAUUGUAGCACUUUGGUGUAUCAAUUGUUA